GGGUGAGAGGGCAACCCUGCGCGCUGAGAGAAGCCUCUGCAGCGCUGCGCUGGGCGCUCAAGCUGCGGGAGGUGAGCGGCGCGCCGUGUGAAACUUUAGGCUGUUUUAGUGCCAUGCAUCAUUUACAGUGUGUCCUCCACGCACAGAGGUAUCUGGGGUGGGGGCCACUGGCCUCUGUGUCCUGGCUGCUGCUCCGGACCUGCAGGGCACACAGCACUUUCUCCACCACCACAUGUCCCAGUCCGGAAGGGCUGCAGGAAGAUGGAGUUAGGAAGGAUUUCAGCUCCAGACUGGCCACUGGACCAACCUUUCAGCAUUUUUUAAGAAGUGCUUCAGUUCCUCAAGAGAAGCUGUCUUCUCCAGAUGCGGUGGACCCUCCCCCAUAUCUCACAGUGGAUGAACUUUUAGGAAGGCAGAGGAAAGUCUACCUUGAGACCUAUGGCUGCCAGAUGAAUGUGAAUGACACAGAGAUUGCCUGGUCCAUCUUACAGAAGAGUGGCUACCUGCGGACCCGUAAUCUCCAAGAGGCUGAUGUGAUCCUUCUUGUCACAUGUUCUAUCAGGGAGAAGGCUGAACAGACCAUCUGGAAUCGUUUACAUCAGCUUAAAGCCCUGAAGAAAAAACGGCUCCGUUCCCGAGUACCUCUGAAGAUUGGGAUUCUAGGUUGCAUGGCUGAGAGAUUGAAGGAAGAGAUCCUCAAUAGGGAGAAAAUAGUGGAUGUGUUGGCUGGUCCAGAUGCCUAUCGGGACCUUCCUCGGCUGCUGGCUGUUGCGGAGUCAGGCCAGCAAGCUGCCAAUGUACUGCUCUCCCUGGAUGAGACCUAUGCCGAUGUCAUGCCAGUCCAGACGAGCCCCAGUGCUCCUUCUGCUUUUGUGUCUAUCAUGAGAGGCUGUGACAACAUGUGCAGCUACUGCAUUGUUCCUUUCACACGUGGCCGGGAGAGGAGUCGGCCUGUUGCCUCCAUUCUAGAGGAAGUGAGAAAGCUUUCUGAGCAGGGGCUAAAAGAAGUGACACUACUUGGUCAGAAUGUUAAUAGUUUUCGGGACACUUCAGAGGUCCAGUUCAACAAUGCAGUGUCCACCAACCUCAGCCGUGGCUUCUCCACCAACUAUAAAACCAAGCAAGGAGGCCUUCGUUUUUCGCAUCUUCUGGAUCAGGUCUCCAGAAUAGAUCCUGAAAUGAGAAUCCGUUUUACCUCUCCUCACCCCAAGGAUUUUCCUGAUGAGGUUCUGCAGCUGAUUCAUGAGAGAGACAACAUCUGUAAACAGAUCCACCUACCAGCCCAGAGUGGAAGUAGCCGUGUACUGGAAGCCAUGAGGAGGGGCUAUUCAAGGGAAGCUUAUGUGGAGUUAAUUCAUCAUAUCAGAGAGUCUAUUCCAGGUGUGAGCCUCAGCAGUGAUUUCAUUGCUGGCUUUUGUGGUGAGACAGAGGAAGAUCACCUCCAGACAGUGUCUUUGCUUCGGGAAGUUCAGUACAAUAUGGGCUUCCUGUUUGCCUACAGCAUGAGACAGAAGACACGGGCAUAUCACAGGCUGAAGGAUGAUGUUCCGGAAGAGGUAAAAUUAAGGCGUUUGAAGGAACUUAUCACUGUCUUCCGAGAAGAAGCAACAAAAGCCAACAAUACCUCCGUGGGUUGUACACAGCUGGUGCUGGUAGAGGGGCUCAGUAAACGCUCUGCCACUGACUUGUAUGGCCGGAAUGAUGGAAACCUUAAGGUGAUAUUCCCUGAUGUAGAGAUGGAGGAUGUUACUAACUCUGGGCUCAGGGUCAGAGCUCAGCCUGGGGACUAUGUGCUGGUGAAGAUUACCUCCGCCAGCUCUCAGACACUUAGAGGGCACCUUCUCUGCAGGACGACGCUGAAGGACUCCUCAGCACAUUGCUCAGUGGAGUGAUGGCUUCAGAGUUGACGUGGGCGUCCUUCCCAACAGGAAGGGAGAUGUGACUGGUCACUAAUGAAAGAGGUAAUGAAGCUUUGAAGACAAGCUGCAAGUGGUGAAGCAACUUUAUGACAAAUGGGAAAUGUAUCUCUUUGUUGCUACAUGAACAGCCUUUAUAAUCAUUAAAUUUACCUAAACUAAAGUAGUCCCUCUGUCUCUCUUACUUUUAUGUCAUUUUUGUCUUGGUUAGUGUUCCUGGGAUUUUCUCUAGACUCUAGAGUGUGUCAAGUGUUUCCCAGCCCAGUUUCAGCUGUGGACACUGCUAACCUUCCUGGUUUUCUCCCCUGGGCCCUAGGAGUUAGAGACUGAAGGGCAAGGGAAGGCAGAGAAAACCAUUUAUUUGGGAAAAACUGCUUUAGAUCUUUCUAACAUUUUGGUUUGAUGACACUGACUCACCUGCUUAUCUCCUCAUUUUAUUCUCAUAUUUUACCAGAAGAUUUCUUUUAUGGACUUCUUUUUAUAGCCUGUCAGUUAAUUCUUUGCCUUC